AUGCGCGGUUACCCGUGCACGGCCAUCCCAUGCACGCCCAUCCCACGCACGGCCAUCCGAUGCACGCCAUGUCACCUGCGUGUUGACCUGUGCGGUUACCACGAGAACAUCCUUCUGCUUGUCCCUCGAUCUCCCUCCUGCCGUUCUCUCUUAUUCACCCUCCUCCUGCUUUCACCCCUCUCCUUCCUCUCAUCCCUCUCCUUACCCCUGCUCUCACCCCUUCACCCGUCUCCUGCAUUCAACCCUCUCCCGCAGAGGCGCCAGGAAGGGUUGCCAGCAUGGGAAUCCGGCAAGGCGGCUCAAUCGAAUGCUUAUGCGGCAGGAGAAGGGAACUCGGCCGGUGCUGGUAGUUUUGCGUCAGGACAGGGAGGGUAUGCGCAGGGGUACGCGGGGACUUAUGGCGUGUAUGGGAGUGGGAGUGUGGGCGGUGGGAGUGUGGGGAGCGGGAGUGUGGGGAGUGGGGGUGCGGGAAGUGGUUACAUGGGAAGUGGUAACCUGGGUUAUGCAGCAGGAGUGGGAGGAGGCGGAGGAGUAGGAGGAGCAUAUGGGGCAGCAGGAGCAGGGAGUUUCAGCUCUGGAAGAAUGAUUCACCCCAUGUACAUGGGAAGUAAGUGGAUCAUUCAGGCAAGCUUCAGUGGGGCAGCAGCAACAUUGGCAGCGUGGUUUCCCCCAUUCGGCACCACCCUGACUGCUCCUCCUUCUCAUCUGCCCCUCUCCACUCGUCCGCCCUUUUUCCCUUCCAUUUCAGCAGCCAUAGCAACAAAGCACCAUCCCAACCUGGUCCAUCUACUGGGCUAUCACGAGGACCUGAACCCAGGUGGCAGGGGCAACCUGAGCAUGGAGCAGAUAGUGGUGUACGAGCUCAUGCCUCACAGGAAAGGGGGUGCCGCCGCCUCUCAUCAUAUCACCCACCCCCUUUCCCUCCUCCAGGUGGCAGCCAUGGCAACGAAGCACCACCCCAACCUGGUGCGCCUACUGGGCUACUGCGUGGACAUGAACCCAGCGGCACAGGGCAGGGGGGACAUGAGCAUGGAGCAGAUAGUGGUGUACGAGUUCAUGGCCCAUGGGGACCUCGAGCACUGGGUGGGGGAGGGGGCGGCACAGCCGCUGCCGAUAGCGCAGCGCCUGUCGGUGCUCAUAGGCGCGGCCCAUGGGAUAGACUUUGGCGUGGUGAUGCUGAUGGUGCUGUCAGCACGCCAAGCAGUCAUCUCAGACGGCACUGACUCCCAGCUCAACAUUCGCAAAUGGGCGGAGGACCUAAUAAAAGCAGGCAAAGCAGACCAGCUCAAGGACCCCCGAUUGGCCGCUCCCACAGAUUUGAUUCUGCAGAUGGCACAACUGGCGCUGCGCUGCACGGCCAUGCCGACCGUGUCUCGUCCUGACAUGAUCCAGGUGGUAUCUGAGCUCACGGCACUCAGGAAGGCGUUUUUGGGGGAGGUGGCACCUAAGAUGGCUGUGAGGAUAGAUGAGGAGGUGGAGGAGCAGAGGGGUGGGUGCUUUGAAGACGAGAUUGCUGCUGUAGAGCGCAUAAUAAUGGGCGGGAGUACUGGUAUCAGCGGCAUGAAGUGA